GAAGGAGUGACUCUCAGCUCGCACGCGAAACAAGUUGGCGAUCACUUUUAUUAAAUCAUAUCUAUUUCGUUGCUCGUAUCUCUUUGACGAAAACCCUUUUCAAUUAUGAGAGAGUGUAUCUCUAUUCACGUCGGACAAGCCGGAGUCCAAAUCGGUAAUGCAUGCUGGGAACUGUACUGCCUGGAGCACGGUAUCCAGCCUGACGGUCAGAUGCCCUCUGACAAGACCAUUGGAGGUGGAGAUGACUCCUUCAAUACUUUCUUCAGUGAAACUGGAGCUGGAAAACACGUUCCUAGAGCAGUGUUCGUCGAUCUUGAGCCAACUGUAGUUGACGAAGUGAGGACUGGUACCUACAGACAACUGUUCCAUCCUGAGCAGCUGAUCACUGGUAAAGAGGAUGCCGCUAACAACUAUGCCAGAGGUCACUACACCAUUGGAAAAGAAAUCAUCGAUCUUGUUCUCGAUAGGAUUAGGAAACUGGCUGAUCAGUGCACUGGUCUUCAAGGCUUCCUGAUUUUCCACUCUUUCGGCGGAGGCACUGGUUCUGGAUUAACGUCUCUCCUCUGCGAAAGGCUAUCUGUAGAUUACGGAAAGAAAUCUAAACUGGAAUUCUCCAUCUACCCCUCUCCCCAAAUAUCGACUGCUGUGGUUGAGCCGUAUAACUCUAUUCUGACCACUCAUACCACACUGGAGCACUCUGAUUGUGCCUUCAUGGUAGACAAUGAGGCUAUCUACGACAUCUGCCGAAGAAACCUUGACAUCGAGAGGCCAACCUACACUAACUUGAACAGGCUGAUUGGACAGAUCGUGUCGUCCAUUACUGCUUCUCUUCGAUUCGAUGGUGCCCUGAAUGUUGAUCUAACUGAGUUCCAGACCAACUUGGUGCCCUACCCCAGGAUUCACUUCCCUUUGGUAACUUAUGCUCCAGUCAUCUCUGCUGAGAAAGCCUACCACGAGCAGCUCUCUGUUGCUGAGAUCACAAACGCUUGCUUCGAGCCAGCCAACCAGAUGGUGAAAUGCGAUCCAAGACACGGCAAAUACAUGGCUUGUUGCAUGUUGUACAGAGGAGAUGUCGUUCCCAAGGAUGUGAACGCUGCUAUCGCCACCAUCAAGACAAAAAGAACCAUCCAAUUCGUCGACUGGUGUCCCACCGGAUUCAAAGUUGGCAUCAACUACCAACCCCCCACCGUUGUUCCUGGAGGUGACUUGGCUAAGGUCCAGAGAGCAGUUUGCAUGUUGUCCAACACCACUGCAAUUGCCGAGGCCUGGGCUCGUCUGGAUCAUAAGUUUGAUCUGAUGUACGCCAAGAGAGCCUUCGUCCACUGGUACGUAGGAGAAGGUAUGGAAGAGGGUGAGUUCUCUGAGGCAAGAGAGGAUCUGGCUGCUCUGGAGAAGGAUUACGAAGAGGUUGGAGUUGACUCUGUUGAAGGUGGAGAGGAAGAAGAUGGCGAGGAGUACUAAGGACUGGAUCAAUUGCUGUACUAAAAUAUUUUCGGAAAUAAAACGUUUAUAGAAAAA